ACCGUUGGAUCUAUAAACCGUCGAAGUCAAAUCAACGCUGAAACGCCAGAGUGCACUACUCCUGAAGCAGACAAAUUCCCCCCUCACAUUUUCUUCAAUACCUCCGAUAUGGUUUCCUAGAGUCCACUUCAUUCCUCUCCGUUCGUGGCAAUUUCAGUUUCCAAGAUGAAAACCAGAUCUAGAAUCACUCUGGCUGCUCUUCUUCUCUUGUUCCUUCUGUCCCCAACGGUGUUCUCCACGCCCAAUGAUCGGUUGAUCCGAGUUGGACUUAAAAAGAAGAAAUUGGACGACAGCAACCGGCUUGCUGGACAAAUUGACUCUACGGAAAGGGUAACAGUUCGAGCUCCUGUCAGAAAAUAUUAUCUCCAUGGUAACUCUGAGGACACCAGUAUUGUCGCACUAAAGAACUACAUGGAUGCUCAGUAUUUUGGUGAGAUUGGAAUUGGUACUCCUUCUCAAAAGUUCACUGUGAUAUUUGACACUGGAAGUUCUAAUCUUUGGGUGCCCUCUUCGAAGUGUUAUUUCUCAGUUGCUUGCUUUUUUCACUCAAAGUAUAAGUCCAGCCAAUCAAGCACCUACCAAAAGAAUGGGAAAUCUGCUGAGAUCCAUUAUGGAACUGGAGCAAUUUCAGGUUUCUUUAGCCAGGACCAUGUCAAACUUGGGGAUCUUAUUGUUACGAAUCAGGAUUUUAUCGAGGCAACCAGAGAGCCUAGCAUCACGUUCUUGGCAGCCAAGUUUGAUGGUAUACUUGGACUUGGAUUUCAAGAGAUCUCAGUUGGUAAUGCUCUCCCUGUCUGGUAUAAUAUGGUCAAUCAAGGUCUUAUAAAAGAACCAGUUUUCUCAUUUUGGUUAAACCGCAACAUUGAAGGGGAAGAAGGGGGUGAAAUUGUGUUUGGUGGAGUUGAUUCUGAUCAUUACAAUGGUGAGCACACCUAUGUUCCUGUGACCCAGAAAGGCUAUUGGCAGUUUGAUUUGGACGAUGUACUAGUUGAUGGCGAAACAACUGGAUUUUGUGGUGAUGGUUGUUCAGCAAUUGCCGAUUCCGGAACCUCUUUGUUGGCUGGCCCAACUACUGUCAUUACACAAAUCAAUCAUGCAAUUGGAGCUUCUGGGGUUGUAAGCCAAGAAUGCAAGGCAGUGAUUGCGCAAUAUGGGAAAACCAUUCUGGACAUGCUGGUAGCUGAGACACAACCCAAAAAAAUCUGCUCCCAGAUUGGUUUCUGUACUUUUUCUGGGACUCACAGCAUUAGUAUGGGCAUUGAGAGUGUGGUUGAUGGGAACAAAAACAAGGCAUCUGGUGGGGUGCAUGACGCCAUGUGUACUGCUUGUGAGAUGGCAGUGGUUUGGAUGGCAAAUCAGCUAAAACGGAAUCAGACAGAAGAUCAGAUAUUGAAUUAUGUCAAUGAGCUUUGUGACCGACUUCCCAGUCCAAAUGGAGAAUCAGCAGUUCAAUGUAGCAGUCUAUCGUCCUUGCCUUCUGUUUCAUUCACCAUUGGUGGUAAAGCAUUUGAUCUUGCACCAGAUCAGUAUAUUCUUAAAGUGGGAGAGGGAGUUUCUGCUCAAUGCAUUAGUGGAUUUAUUGCUUUGGAUGUGGCCCCACCCCGUGGACCUCUCUGGAUUCUGGGAGACAUUUUCAUUGGCCGCUAUCACACAGUGUUUGAUCAUGGGAAUCUUCGAGUUGGAUUUGCUGAAGCAGCUUAAAUCACUACUACAUCUAUGUUUCUCUUUUGCCGCUUGAGUGCAACAUACUCGUGAAAAAAACUUUGCACUGUUGUGAUGUUAUGAUCAUGUUAUGAUACAACUUGUCUAAUCGAUCGACCAUGGCGUUAAACUUGUUUUAUCUGUAAAUAUAUGGAGACAAUGUGCUUUUUAUUGUACACUAGUAAAGUAAGGCACGUUAUGAAGUUA